UGGAGUGCGAAAAGAUUGUCGCUUUCGGGAUGACAAAAAUAGAUCGGGAGAGGAGACACACACGCAGUGUCAGGAGAAGAUGCGUGAACUCCGGAGGGAAGAAUGGAAAUUGGGGGAUUCUGGGUGUUUAGUAUUUUUAGCGUAUGUACCACAAUGAGUCAACAGCAGUACUCCGUGAAAUCUUGGAUUAGUAACAUUGUGCCUGGAAACUUUGUUCCUUCUGAGGAUAUUUUAGUGAUCUUUUGAGUUAAAUUUUUGCUAUUUUGUGUAAAAAAAAAUAUGCCACAAACUGUGAUAACAAUGAGACCAGUCAAUCGGGAGACUCCCAUCCGGACAGGGAUUAAAUUGUGCUACUGCCGGAUGUUCCAUUGUCUCCAGCCUGGCUUCUUUACAUCAAAGUACGGGCUUUUGAAGCUAUUUGAAUGCCUCAUUGGGAUCUUUUGUCAGAGUCUUGUCUUCACAUUUGGCUUAGAAAAUGCCAAGAAGGGCUUUGGAUGGGAUCCAUAUUUUGCAUUCCUCUCAGCCACAUCAGCCUGUCUUCCUACAACAGCUCUCCUCUUAAUUUGCUACACCUUCAGUGUCAAUACAUUUAAACUUGUGCGAUCUUCAAUCUUCGAGAUCGUCUUCAAUAUCUUCUGUGCCUUCUUCUACAUCAGUGCAUCUGGAAGUGUAGCUUAUCGUGAGCAAUUCUACCAGAAUUUCUCCAAAUUUUUCACCGGACCCGGAGAUUACACAAGUUUAACAACUCUUUAUUACAUGGGCGGCCUAAUGACAAUAAUUUAUAGUUACGAUGCAUUUCUCGCAUUCAGAAGUUACAACGGAAAUUCAUGAUUAAUUUCAACGCUGCAUUAGCAUGAGUCUACGAUCUCUAUAAUAACUCUUCUAUUUUUAAAAUACCAAAUAAAAACCAAUAUAUAAUGCAUAUAUUUGUGAAAAGUCAUUAAAUUGUACUGCAAAAUUCCAACGAAAAGCCAUAAAUAUUUCUUUUUUUUCACAAUCAA